UAAUAGCAAAGCCUUAAUUUUCCUUUCUGUUUUAGGAGAAAGCUUCAAUAUGUCUUCUAAUCUGUUGCCCAAGCCACGAAUGAGAGAUCUCCUGGGAAGAUUUGCAAGAAAGAAUUUUCUGAUAGGAGUUACUUUAGUAACAGGAAGCUUUUUUCUCUUGGAGCAUUAUUUCAUUCAAGCAAAGCAAAAUAAAUACAGAGAUUUCUAUAAAACAUUUGAUUUUGCGAAAGACUUUGAGGACAAGAGAAAAGCAGGAGUGUUUCACAGCGUGAAGCCCUAAUGACAUCUGCUAAUCAUAAAGCAUCCUUUUGGGGACAAAAUAAUCAAAUAUUAUUGUGAUCAAUAACGAUCACCUUCAAUGUUGAUCCUGUUGUAUUGUGUUCAUUAAAUCAAAUCUUUAUCUUGGAA